UUUUUUUUUUUUAAACACAAGAGAAAAAGAGGACUUGUUCUUCAGCAAGUUGUGAAAGUAAAUCCAUAGUCUUUUAUAUUCAGGAGUUUGGAGACCCAGGGACACCGUACACAGUGUUUCUGCAAGCAACACAGGAGAACUGUGUGAGGCAGCUGAAUUGUGUGAGGCAGCUUCUGCUCCUGCCUGGUGCUUGCUGGGAGGUACCCAGGUCUCACUGGGUUUGAAAUUGUUCUCGCUCUCUACCCUAAGCCGCAGAAGCCAUGGAUCACCCAGCGAAGCGGAGAACACCACCACUCGAGCACCUGUAUCUCAAGCUCUUUCAGCUCCUGAUGCUAGCAAGUCUUUUUUACUUCUGUUCAGGCAUCAUCCAGGUGAACAAGACGGUGAAAGAAGUAGCAGUACUAUCUUGUAAUUACAACAUUUCCACUGAAGAACUGACAGAAGUUCGAAUCUAUUGGCAAAAGGAUGAUGAAAUGGUCGUGGCCAUCAUGUCUGGAAAACAGCAAGUGUGGCCCAAGUAUAAGAAUCGCACCUUCACUGACUUCACCAAGAACCUCUCCAUUGUGAUCCUGGCUCUGCGCCUGUCAGACAAUGGCAAAUACACCUGCAUCGUUCAAAAGCCCGAAAAAGGGUCUUACAAAGUGCAACACAUGACUUCAGUGAUGUUAUUGGUCAGAGCUGACUUCCCUGUCCCUACUAUAACUGACCUUGGAACUCCAUCACGUAACAUCAGAAGGAUAAUGUGUUCAACCUCUGGAGGUUUUCCAAAGCCUCACCUCUCCUGGUUGGAACAUGAAGAAGAAUUAAAUGCAAUCAACACAACAGUUUCCCAAGAUCCUGAAACUGAGCUCUACACUAUUAGCAGUGAACUCGAUUUCAAUAUAACCAACAACCAUAGCUUUGUGUGUCUUGUCAAGUAUGGAGACUUAACAGUAUCUCAGAUCUUCAACUGGCAAAAAUUUGAGCCACCCCGUACUGAUAAUCCAGUCCAGCUCUGGGUCAUCUUAAUCUCAGUAGUAAGUGGGAUUAUUGCGAUCAUUGCCGUUAUAGGAAGCUGCCUAACCUACAGACUUGCUGCAAGGUGGAGAUGGGAAAAGAGGAAUGAGGAAGGCGUGGACAUGGAAAAGAUCUCACCUAUCUACAUAGGAUCUGCCCAAACAUCUGUAUAAGCAGAACAUCUGGAGGUCCCACCUCCAUCUUAGGUUGACCUCUUCUUUGAAUUUCUUCAGAUGGCCAGGAUUAUCCUAGGAUUAUUCUCUAGGAGCCUCUUCCUUUCAGUGGCCCUGCAAAAAGUGACCAGAGGAAUAUGGUGGGGACAUAAGUAGCUCUGGUAACCUUGGUCAAAGAAUUUAGAAACAAAGAAUUGUUCAGGCCUGGAAGAGACAUUCGAAAACACUUGUCUCAUUAAUGACAAGGAAAUCAAGGCCCAGGGGGUGACCUGGAUAAAGGCCUGAGCCAGAAUCCAGAUUUCUUAUCUCUGGUGCUCUUUUCCAUUAGUCUGGCUCUGUGCUAUUAACCGGUGUGUUUAUAUAUACACACAUCAGUCAAAAUGCUUCUGGAAAAAGAAUUUGUCCAAUGUCAGGUCAACUUUUUAGACUUGAUCAGAUACAACACUGGAGCAUUUUGUGUUGUUAUAAAAAGGAACCUGAUGUUAAUGUGUGAGUAGUAUGCUGGUACAUAUACCAGUGUGAGGAUGAUGGAAACAUUACUGGUGUUAACCAAUAUUUCAUUUUUCAUUGUGCUCUCCCACUUCUCCAUCAGGUUCUGAAGAAAGUAGAUUUAUCCCAAACUAAUAUCCUCUGACAUGUAAGAUCAAUGACUUAUACACCUCAGAGCAAUAGGUUGGAGAGGGAUAGGUUGGUUUAGAGAGUCACAUCCCACUGGUUCAUAUUGGACUGAUAAUCUCUUUAAAUGGCUUUAUGCUAGUUUAACCUCAUUUGUAAAAUAUGAGAAAGUUCUCAUUUAAAAUGAGAUAGGUUUUUAUUGUGUAUUACUAACAGUAAGCUGUCUUUAGAAAUCGAUCGGAGUAAUGAAAAUAGCAUUCCAUAGGCCUUCCUUAGAUCCCUAAAGUGGCUGACUGCUGUUCCUGUGUUACUUGCUCAUGACUCCUCUUUCUCUGAAGUUGUCUUCCACAACUCAGUGGACCAGAAGGUGGAUCUGACUUAAGUGGGAGCAAUCAGACAUUCUCACUGGAAAAUCUGACGUUGGACAGCAAAUUGACCAAGUUUCUCACAUGUGGCUGGGUCUAAAACAUUUAAUUUUGGUAGCUAUAAUGGGACCAGAUUAUGCUAGAGUCUGAAGCACACUUUUAAAUGGUUACUCUCAGAACAAAAUCACUGAGGGAAAUAAAUAAUUUAAAGCAAAGACAAGAAUUUAAAGCAAACAAAAAAAAAAUAGGAAUUGCUAUAUCUAGUUAAGAUUAAUAAUCCUUAGACAUGAUCAAAAGGAGACCUCAAGAAGUAGUUACAAGCGAGGACACACCUAAGAGACAGCUUAUUUAUACUUAAAUUAUAUUACAUUACUUAUUACAUUUGAUAAAU